AUUGUUUUCUUUGUUAAAAGACAUGACUGAGCUACAAGUUUGAGACUUGAGAGGCGCUAGAAAUUCUGUUCCGGGAUCCACCCGUGUUUGCUAGUCGGCUGGCACGCGCUCACCUCACCUGUUGAAAGUCUAGUCUUCGUUGUCGGACUGCCCAACCGACAACCGCCACCGACCUGGCACACGUUUUCUCCACAGGUCCAACGGUGCCACGAUGAAACAACGGCCACACCUGCAUGGCCCAAAGAACUGAAAUCUUCGCGUCGCCGAAACGCGCAUCUGACCUGCGUCAAAACCCACCGGCCCAAUCUAACCCAUCAGCAAAAACCGUCGGGCCAAACGCGCCUUCCAGGCACGGUAGAGUGGCCAAUCGUAUGACCCCGCUCGCGACCCUAUAAAAAACCAGAACGAUACCAUCUCACCAGCCACAGCCCAGAUCAGAGCAAACUCUCACACCAACACAAUCCCAAGAACACCGAGAGAAUCCGAAGAUGAGCGUGGAGAUCCUAGACGGGAGCACGGUGCGGAGCUUCGUCGAGGACGAAGGCGCCUUCAACUCCUCGGUGGACGGCCGGUUCGCCGCGCUGGACGCCGACCACGACGGCCUGCUCACCUACGCCGAGAUGGCAGGGGAGCUCAUGAGCCUGCGUGUGCUGGAGAAGCAUUUCGGCGUGGACGAGGCCGCGGUGGCGCCCGACGAGCUCGCAGGGCUGUACCGCAGUCUCUUCGCGCGGUUCGACAGGGACGGCAGCGGGAUGGUGGACCGCCAUGAGUUCCGGGCGGAGAUGAAGGAGGUGAUGCUCGCAGUGGCCAACGGGCUCGGCUUCCUCCCCGUGCAGAUGGUCGUCGAGGAAGGCAGCUUCCUCAAGGUCGCCGUCGACAGGGAGCUCGGCCAGCUUGCCAAAGCUGCCUGAAGCUCUUCAUCGCAACUGCCACUUGCUGCUUGGAGUUCCAUUAUGUACUAAGUUUUGAUUGUCUUUCGUGCUUUUCAUUAGCACCAUUUUUACAUUGAGUUACAGUAUUUGUAAGACUUAUUCAUGUAGUAAGUACUGCAUACUGCUUGUUCUAUGAUCACGCAAAGAUUUAAUACGAGCAAAUAUACUAAUUUCUAUUA